AUGGGUAUGAAGGGCUUCUCCGACGAGUUUGAGUCGCCGGAGCACUACAUCAUCGAUAUCACCUACAAAAUUUGGGAGCAACGUGGAUUGCAGCUCAUCCGCGAUUGGUACAGCGAUGACUGUCCCGUCAAAACGCCGAUGUCCUCUUCGGUGGGCGUGGAGCCCGUCAUUUCCGGCACCCAGGCCACUUUAGACGAGUUCGAGGACCGGCACUUAUUAGCCGAUGACGUGAUCAUUGGAGAAUGGGACGAGGGCACCUUUUACUCCUCGCACCGUGUGCGUUCUCCUGCUCGGAAGUCGGGCGCCGGUCUCUUCGGUCCCGCGCCAAAGUCCCCUCAGCCCGUCACGAUGCUCACCUUUGCGGAUUGCAUCUGCAAGGCCAAUCAGAUUGUCGAUGAGUAUCUGGUUCGGGACAACUGUGGAAUCGCCAUUCAGUUGGGUAUCGAUCCUGCAGAACAAGCAAAGCGCAUGAUCGACAACGGCAAUCGAGAUGGAGCAAUGGCUGCGGAGGAUCUGGUCUCUCGCUGGAGCGGUGACUAUUUCGAGUGCGGCGAGGCUGCUUUGGCUGCGCCGGUGGUGGCCGCCUAUGAAAAGCGCUUUGGUGCACUCGAAGGUCUGGCGAGCUGGCAAGAGCACUACGAUCGCGCGGUGCGCUUUGAGGGUUCCGGUCAUCACUUGAGCUACGGCUUCGAGCGAAUGGCUCAGUGGGAUGCAGCCAGACUGCAAGGCCUCUCGGACCCCAAGUUCAAGGUGCACCACCUGAUCGUGAAGCAGACGGUGGGCAAACCCGUUCGUGUGGCCAUGCGCUGGUCUCUGACUGCAACUCAUGCUCAAGCUUCGAUGUUUGGAGAGGGCAGUGGUGCUCGGGUGGCCUUGUUAGGGGUCAGUCACUUUGAGCUGCGCGAUGGGAAGAUUCUCAACGAAUGGUGCAUUUUUGAUGAGCUGUCGCUCUACGCACAGCUGAUGCUGAAAUAA